CUGUGACCGUAGAGGAAGUUUCUCCUGUCGGCCGGAGCAGCGGGUUCACCGUGAAUCAAAUGGCUUCUUUUAAUUAAGGAUUACGGCAAUAAAAAAAAUAAAAAAUAAUUAGCUCAGCUGCAUAAAAAUGUCCAGUUCGGAGUCUCUGCCAGAGGAGGAGAUGGAGUUUCAAAAGGCUGUAGCUCAGAUCGGAGGAAAGGAGAGGAUUUAUCUGAUCAGCGAUUCCAGUGGAAGUAAGGAGGUGGACGGAGAUGACGUUGGGAUUUUACAGGAGUUCAUAGGUGACAUGUUUUAUAACAGCAACCCUGCGCUCAGUGACGGACAGCUUCCAUGCACCGUGCCAUGUGGUCGCCAUGGCGAUGCAGAGAGUGAGGUCGACGCGGGGAAAAGCAAUGAUAUCCCUUUAACAGUGAAAAGCAAGGAUUUGGAAGAGGACAGAGAGAAGGAGACGCGGCCGCAGAAUAAACCCCAGAGAACCGCAUCCAGGAGGGCCAAUGUUUACAGCUCCAAGCGCGCCAUAGACUCCCCGCUCAUAGUUUUCAUCUUCAGGCAGACGUUCGUCAGCAAAACCUCAAACGAGCCGUGUCUGCUGGAGAUCCUGAAGGACGUGAAGGCGCGCACGAAGCGCGGCUCGGUUAGCCGGCCCGUGCUGAUUGGAUUAAUACGCAGCGCGCAGGAGAGCGCAGAGACGCUGCGAUGCGCGCAGCUCCUGGAGCGCCUCAUGCGCUCCGUCUUCAGCAAACACCCACCGGAGACCAUCUGGGUCGGUUGUUUUAUCCCCAACGCAGAAGACAGAAUCCUGAGCAUCAAGAAAAACGCCUACAGAGCUGUUUCUGCUGCGUCCCAAUCAGCAGAUGAUGCUGGGGACAAAGGGAGCCAGGCUUUGUGGACGUUCCAGUGUUGUUUCAGGCCUCAGAGGGGGGAAGCCGCAAGACAGACCAACAGCAAAGCUUCAAACUGUAGACAAAAAGGUGAAGAUGGAAGCUUAGAGGAAGGACUCCCUCUGAGAGACCAGUGAUGCAGGGACACAUGACCAACUACAGACCUAUCACUGUGGACGCUCAUAUCCUCUCUGUAGAAGUUAAAAGAACGUUAUAAAGUGUAACAGGAUUGUUAUUAUACGGUGCUGAAAACCUCACCUCGGAGCCAUCCAGAUUUCUGUCCUGAAAGCUGCUGCCUUACGCCAUAUUCCUAAUACUUCAACCACAGAAACGUUUCUUGUACUGUUCUACUAACAUCACUUCUACAGGGUAUGAAGAAGGAGAUCAACUGAAGUGUAAUGCACAAUUAAGUUUAGUGUCAGCUCUUAUUUUACAGGCUUGUAUCAAAAUGAGCUUUCCUAAUGAAGUAUUUUCUUUAUGCCAAACUUUUAAAAGUUAAAUGAUGUAGGAUAUAUGUUUUAUCAUUGUUUUUUUUUUUGUUGCUAUUUCCGAUGUGUUACUGUGACCCAGAAGAGUGCUACCAGCUGUUAAAAAAAUAACCCACAGAUCUUUUUAUAAUGCUGUGAAGCAAGCAGAUUUUGAGUAUUUUCAAGCUCUUAUUUUAGCAUAAUUUUGUGCCUUAGACAAGUGCUGUUGUAACCAUUGUUAAUCAAAGGCAUAUAAAACAACUGUUUAAAUUUUUUAAAGUAUUUAUUUAGAUUGUCAGUUUGAUGGUCUGUAUGAAUA